AUGACUCCGUAUUCAGAGAGUGGAAAACUCAGUGAAAAGUACUCCCCAACAAAAAGGAUAGCGUCUACUUCAGUCAAACUCGAUUCCACGUCUAUAUCCUUAGCUCCUCAAAGAGUACUACUACAACGGGAAACCAGUCCUAGCAAUGAGUUAAAAAAGGUACUCGACAGACCAAGGUCUAGAGGUCUUUCCCCUGUACGGAGAAGUGGUUCACCAGUGCGAAGAAACCAGAUCUCUCAAUUGGAACACGAAACGGCCAGAAAAAGACAAUUACAACUAGAAACGCAGAACCAGGCCAAGAAGCCUAGAGUCACAUUUAAAGAUGAAGUAGAAAUCAAAGAGCUAGAAACAGUAGAUUCAAAACUGGAAGAACCAUCAACUAUCGAAGAGACAGUAUACAAAUUGAAAUUGGAUGUUUCAGAAAUUCGAAAUGAUAUGGCCAAAGUCAUGGAUAAAAUCACUGCUAUGGACUCAAAGGUAGACAAGUUACUACAAUUGCUAGAACCACACCACUAG